GUUCUUUUCUUACUAUCUCUCUUUCUCUUUUAGAAAUUGAUGACUGUUUCCCGCAGCCGUGUGAAAAUGGAGCAACUUGCACAGACUUGGGAACAUUGUUUGAGUGCACAUGUGCACCUGGUUUCACAGGAGAGCUUUGUCAAACAGAAAUUGAUGACUGUUUCCCCGCAGCCGUGUCAAAAUGGAGCAACUUGCACAGACUUGGGAACAUUGUUUGAGUGCACAUGUGCACCUGAUUUCACAGGAGAGCUUUGUCAAACAGAGAUCGAUGACAGUGGAAGCGGUAGUGGCAGUGGCAGCGGGAAACAUUAGCAUCAGCGGCGGCAGCGGAAGCGGAAGCGGUAGCGGAAGCGGUAGCGGAAGCGGUAAUGGAAGCGGAAGCGGUAGCGGCGUGCCGUUUAAUAGGACCUGCGAUAAUUUCUUCUUUCUGGCGCCAAGCGGCCAGGAGUGUCUGCCAUGUCUGUGUAACCCACAGUUGACAGUACAGUGCAUCAACACCACUGGAGAGUGUGUAUGCCAGCCAGGUAUUUCAGGUGAGAGGUGUGAUAAUUGCUCCGCUGGACUCUAUGCACCUACCAGUCGAGACAGCUAUCUGGCACAAUGUACCGUUGCUGGCUGUCGCUUCAUCGUCGGUGAUCGCUGCCAAAAUUGCACAUGUGACAUUCCCGGUAGCCAGGGUGCCUCGUGCAAUGAUGACGGCGAGUGUAGCUGUAAUCCUGGUGUGGUUGGGCCCAAAUGCAAUGAAUGCCCUACGACAACCGAGCUAUUCCAAAGCCCCACCGGGGUUUGCGAAGAGUCAGACGACUUCUUGCCAUUCGGCCCGGCAGCCAAUGAUACUCAGCUAGGAACUAAUGCCAUCGUAACCACCGCUCGAAUACCCUUUGGCGUGGACCUGAUCUUUUCCAACGCGCUCACAAACCUCUCGUUUGGAUCUGCUUUCGUGAGCAGUGAUGGGUACGUGUCAUUCCGCAACCUGCUCUCCAUCUCGGUCUCAUUCGCCAAUCUCGUCAACCAGCAGGGAAACCCCGUACUGGCCCCGUUUUGGUCGGCUAACGAUGCCAGCGAAGGAACGUCCUUCUACGGCCUGCGCACUGACUCGGCGUCGAUCGACGGUGCACUGGACCUGCUGAGACGUGGCAGGCCGGGCAAUAGCAUGCAGAACAUUGUGGUGGGAAACUUUCGACCGUCGCAGGUCCUCGUUGCCACUUGGACGUAUAUCCAGUCGUGUCCUGGCGGUCAGGCGGGAGUCAAUUCUGGAAGGCCGUUUCUUGGGUUCAACCACUAUCAGGCGGUGGUCGCGUGGAACAGCCAACGGUCGUUUGCCAUAUUCCUCCACAACAACAUAGCGUGGAAUACUGACAAUUCGUUCAGUCGCGUCUGGGACGGCAACACAUUUCUGUACGACGGAAGCCGGCCGUUUGAUCGCGAGGUGAACAUCUACGAACUGACGGUGGGCAUGCAGGGCUGCGAUCCGUUCUUCUUCAUGCCGGACGGUAGCGAGGAUUGUGUGCCGUGUGCGUGCAACCAGACAGGUUCCGUCAGCUGUGAUCAGAGUACAGGCGUGUGCCAGUGUCGUGUGAAUGUGGAGGGCCCGUUGUGCGAUCGCUGCGCUGUGGACCACUUCACAACGACGCCCGGCGAUUUUUCAACGUGCGUGCCGUGCACGUGCAACCCCACCGGCACCGUAGGAUCAUGCGAUGCGGCCACGGGUGUGUGUCAGUGUCGCCAGGGUGUCACCGGGGGUAGAUGUGACGUGUGCCUGCCGGACUUCUUCGCACAGUUCGGCGAUCUUGCUCGCUGCAUCGCCUGCCCGUGCAAUCGGCAGGGAUUCUCCGGCUGCAAUCCAGACGGAACUUGCAAUUGCUUUCCGUCCGUCAGCGGUCCCACGUGCGGCUCGUGCAGUGCAGGAUUCUUUGGCAAUGUAACGGGAUGCGUGCCGUGUAACUGCUUCACGGCCGGUACAGUGGGAGGCACUAACAUCUGUGAUAGCAUCUCUGGCCAGUGUCAGUGCGAUCAGUUUAGCUUUGGUCGAACAUGUAUCGACUGUGCUCCAGGAUUUUAUGCACCAGCGAAUACACUGAGCUUUCUAGACCAGUGUUCCGUUGCGGGUUGCCCAUUUACACCAGGAGCAAGAUGUCAAGAUUGUGGCUGUAACCCCCUUGGUAGUACUAGUCUCCAGUGCAACAGUGCUGGAGAGUGUAUCUGUAACGCCGGUGUAGAUGGUGUGAAGUGCAACCAAUGUCCGGUAGCACAGCAGCUCUUCCAGACUGCAACAGGACUGUGCGCAGAAGCUACAAAUUUCUUACCGUUUGGCGGCGCGGCUGGUGAUACACAGCUGCAGUCGGCAACAGCAAGAGUUCAGUUUGGUGUUCCCCUGGUCUUUGGUCAAAGAUCAUUCCUAUCUGCAAUUGUCGGUGGUGACGGGUACGUGUCCUUCGUCAACAACCUGCCAAUCUCGAUCUUUCUCGCCGGCCUGACGAGCCAGACGAACAACCCGGUCAUUGCACCGCUGUGGGCAAAUAACGAUAUCAGUGUCGGUGAGGUGCUCUACGGCGUACGCACGGACAGCGCAACAAUCAAUGCCACCGUGGCACUGUUACAAGCUGGAGCAGUUGGAGGUGCCGCCAGUGAUUUCCGCCCGCGUGAAGUGCUGGUCGUCACGUGGACCUUCAUGCAGGCCAGCCCUGGAGGACAAGCCGGCCGCAAUUCCAUGCUGCCGGACCUUGGGUUCAACCACUACCAGUUGAUCGUCGCCUGGGACGAGUGCCAGACGUUCACCAUCUUCCUGUUCAACAACAUUGCCUGGACAGUGGGCCAGUUCAACGCUCCAACGUUCAGUCGUAUCUGGGACGGAGAUGCACUCACCUACACAGGUGACCGACCAUUCGAUCGCUCGAUCAACGUGUUUGAACUGACGGACGGCUGUACCGGAGAGCCGCUCCUGGAUCUGCAGUGCACGUUGGAGCUGGCCGCUCUGCCACCGUUGCAGAGCGUCCUCCUCCCAUCCUUCCGCCGCUGUCCGUCAAUCUCGUUCUGGUUCUUCCUUGGACUCCAGAACGCUGGAGGCUUCAUCAACAGCGAGCCGUUUCAGUCCAUAUGCUUCAUUCAGAGAGCGUUCUCCUUCUCCCCUCGCAGCCCGAAUGCAGUGUGCUGCUACCGAUUUCCUGGUGUCUUCCGGCCACACAUCGCAAGCGGUGCUGGCGGCGGCUGGAUAACAAAUCGUUUCGCGUCCUUGAGCGCUGCCCGGCAAGAGCGUUCGGCCAGGGAUGCAUGCUGCGCGGCCGGGAACUGCGCUCGUUUCUUCGCUGUUCGGCCGAGGACCCGGCCGAGAAUCACCCCGCCAUUCUUUUUCGCGUGGUUCUUUGGCGACCCUCAUCUUCAGACUCUGGAUGGGCGUAACUUCACGUUCAACGGGUACGGCGAAUAUCGACUGAUCCGCGCACGCGACUCCAUGAGCUCAAUGGAGGUGGAGGCGCAGAUCAGAACCACGCCGCUAACAACUGGUCCAAACGCCACGGUUGUCACUGCCGGUGCUAUCGGCUUGUUUAGUGAUUCGGGAGAUCUGAUGACUCGGCUGCAGUUCACGUCCAACAGCACCACAGGCAGCCCAGCUAGUAUGGCGAUAUUGUUGAACGGAGAGCAGGAUAUCACUAUUGACGUGUACGGCCUGGCUGUGGCGGACGGGAUGGGAAUACCGGACAUGUUUGCACCGGAUGACACUGUCACCCUGAUGCGUACUGACACAAACAGUGUCACGUGUACCUUCUCAAACCAAGCUGCAUUCCUAGUCAGUGUGGGGGAGGCAGGUGGUGUGGUGACUAUGACAGUGUCACCAAGAUUACCGGAGGAAUUCCAGGGAGAGACAACAGGAUUGAUGGGUGUUUUCAAUGGUGACUCUGAGGAUGACUUCCUGAAUCGACAAGCUCAAACACUACCAUCCAGUGCUUCGGAGCAAGACAUCUUUUCCUCAUUUGGUCAAACGUGGCAGAUUGUGGGCAGUGAGACUCUCUUCACGUACCCACCAGGGUUGGGCCCCGACGACUUUGCCUUCCCGAACUUCGUACCGGUGUUCUCCGACAACCUGACUAUCAGCGACGAGGCGAGAGCCGCCUGCGGUGGCAACACGGCGUGUCUGUUUGAUGCCGCGGCCACUGGAAAUGUCAUGGUAGGAAUGCAGUCCAGGGACACCGACGACAUGCUCAACACACAGCUCUCUAUUUCAUUGAACAUUGCCCCGUUGAUAGAGGGUGCAGAUCAGAUUGACGCUGUUCUUGGCCAGCUAGUGACUUACACAGUGACUAUCACCGAUGUUGAUCAGGUUGUACUGGUUGUGGAGGCAGCAAACAACACCGUACUGCCCGAUGACUUCAAUCUAACAUUGGUUGGACGAGAGGGCAACGUCACCACCUACAACUUGUUCUGGACGCCCAGCACAGCAGACACCAUGGUUAGCCUGGAGUUCACAGCCACCGACGACAACAACGUCAACAGCACCUUCCAGCCAGUGAUCGUGUUGUGCCCGUGUGAGAACAUGCAGCCGUGCUUCCCGCAGCAAACGGGCCAGGACGGUGGACUGGCUCAGUUUACACUCCUCGAGUGCAACUGCAACGAGUCAUACACUGGUGAUCGGUGUGAGGAUGACCGUGACGGUUGUGUCCAGGGCGCGGGCUGCUUCCAGGGAGUUAUCUGUACAGAUGUGCCGGCCCCGGGUAGUGGGGCUAUCUGCAGGAACUGUCCCGGUGGUACCACUGGUGAUGGAGUCAUGUGCAUGGAUAUUGCGGAAUGUAUGACAAUGCCAUGUGAUGGAAAUGCCAUAUGUACGGAGACAUUCGGCUCCUUUAACUGCACAUGUCUGAUUGGGUUUACUGGAAAUGGGAUGUCCUGUUCCGAUAUUGAUGAGUGCGCUACCGACACAGACACAUGUUCCCCGAUGGCUAUGUGCGCUAAUGUGGCCGGCUCAUUCUCAUGUAACUGCAACGACGGGUUUGAAGGUUCUGGACAAAUCUGUGACGAUAUUGAUGAAUGUGUUGUUGGCGGACAUCUCUGUGAUUCUGUUGGCAUCUGUCUCAACACGGUCGGAGGAUCCAUGUGUGACGGAUGCAUGGCCGGAUUCGUUGGCAAUGGAAAUGCUGGCGACUGUUCAGACGAGGAGCAAUGCGUGACCGGCACUCACACGUGCAGUGAGCUUGCAAUGUGUUCGGAUUCGUUUGGAUCUUUCGAAUGCCAGUGCUUGGCUGGAUUCAACGGGGAUGGCAUGAACUGCCAAGGAUCUCUGAACUUGAACGGCUUCAACAACACGUUUAGAACGGAGUUCAUGGAGAACCAGCCAGUGCCCACUAUCCUGUCACUUCAACACGCCGCAGCCCUGGUUGGGCAGUCGGCCGCUUGUCAAGUUUCUAUCACAUUGGCCGCUUUGUCAGGUGACCUGGAUGAUCCUUCACAGGAGAAGAUAUUCCCAACCAAGGCAAUCUCAGCGACCAACAUUGAUAAAAUCUUCUCCGCUCGACAGCUGAUAUAUAAUUCGACGGAUGGUGGUGCAAUAUCCACCGAGGACUUGCUGACCAUUGUGCAGAACUCUGAGUACAUAGACACCGCGAUGGAACCGACUAUUGCAGUGCGACAAGUUACGUGGGAGCUGCGAGAGUGCGGAACGCUUGAUGUCAUUGCCACAGCUACAACCUUGAUCGACAUUGUUCGUAUCAACGACAAUCCACCAGUCAUUCAGUUUGACAUCACAGGCGGCCUUGUCUGAGCCCAAAUCCCCGUAAGAUUGACAUAUAACCAUGACCGCUCACAUCCGCACCCAUACCUGCACCCGCACAAUAAUAUUCUGUUCACAGUUUGGCAUUUCACUUGCCCUGCCUUAGUGUGCGUUUCACCGAGGAUCCGCAGACCUCCGCUUCAUUUACCACUUUCCUUUGUCUCUUUCUGUCACUUUACACUGGUAAACUUGUCACGGCAAAUAACUACUUUUCAUAGGGUAACUCUUCAUGACAAACGACUUCUUUCUCUUCAUCGGCUCACUUUUCACAACAAAUGUCUAAUCUCCAUUGGCAAACGUUUCACUGCGAAUGACUCCUUUCCAGCGGCAAGCAAACUGUUCACGACAAUAGAUGACUCAUUUUUCAUAGGCUAACUUUCGUAGCAUGAAUUGACUUUUUUCUUUGGCCAAAUGUUCGCGACAAUAGACUCAUUUUCUUUGGCAAGCAGCUCAUGCCAGUAAUGUACAUUAGGCACACAUGUAUAGAUCAGUACAGCCUUAUUUGUGAGUGAGUGAAAUGCACGUUUUGCUCAAGCUCCCCUGUCCAA